CCCCCCUCUCCCUCCACCUCUUCUUCCUCUAAUUUCUCGCCGCAUCUCCUCCACCACCUGCGACGCAACGAUGGAGAGCCGCUGCAAAUGAUUAGAAGCUCACGGAAGACCAUAAUUGAUAGAAAGAAAAAGAAAGACACGCAGAGGGGAAGCCAGAUAACGUUAACGGGGGAGAUAGACGAGCGGAACCAGAAACAUAUGGCUUGUCUGAAGAGCGGCUGUUUCUGAGGACUGCUGAAACUUAUUCAACCACCGUGAUCAACUAAAAGGCACAUUUAAUUCAUCCAUGUCGUUGUUUGACACUUAAUUGCCAUAUAAUUGUGUGCCGUCACCUGUGAGGCUGUGCUUCAUCUGUUUGAUUCUAGUUUGUGCGGGCUAUAUUGCGGUUGUUUCACCUCCCCUAACGCGCACACAAAUACACGCACACCGAUAAUCACAAGACGCGGCGCAGCCUACAAAAGCUUCUUGCAAAGAGGAAAUUUAAUUAGACGAGUUAUUUCCACAGAAGAGUAGGUCAAGCGUGGCUGGCUAUCUGCUUCCCUUCAUUUCCCCUGCUCAUCGUGUCUCCUCUGGGCCCAACAGGAGUCUCGUAGACCCCUCUCUUCUCCCACCUCCCCCACCCUGCGGUAACAAGCCAUGUCUGGACAGACUGUGACCAUCCCGGACGACCGGGCGUUCGCCAGCUUCAAGGUGGAGUGCCUGUGCGAGGAAGGCUGGAGUAUGAGCCACAAUAAGGGUGGCAUCACGGUGUGGACCCAGGGUCUGGAGGAGGGGAAGCCCAUCCACAAAAUGAAGUGUCGGAUGGUGUGUAAGGACGUGUCGGCCGAGACCAUGUACGACGUUCUCCACGACAUUGAAUACAGAAAGAAAUGGGACACAAACGUCAUUGAGACCUUUGAUAUCGGGAAACUUACCGUCAAUGCGGAUGUUGGUUACUACUCAUGGAAGUGUCCAAGUCCUCUUCGGAACCGCGAUGUCAUCACUCUUCGCUCCUGGCUGGCAAUGGGGAAAGAUUACAUCAUCAUGAACUACUCUGUCAAACAUGCCAAAUACCCUCCUAAAAAGGACAAGGUGCGAGCUGUGUCCAUUCAGACUGGUUACAUGAUCCAGGACCAGGGACCAACCAACCACUGUAUUCUGACUUACAUGGCCCACGUAGAUCCACGAGGUUCGUUACCCAAGUGGGUUGUCAACAAAUCUUCCCACUUCCUUGCUCCUCAUGCAAUGAAGAAGAUAAACAAAGCCUGUUUGAAGUAUCCAGAGUGGAAGCAGAGACACAACCCUGGCUUCAAGCCCUGGCUCUACCCUGAACAGACUACAUUACCCAGCAUCCCGCUCUCUGAGCUCAGCAUCCAGCAUGCUGAGAGCCUGGAGAAUAUUGAUGAGAGCUCCCUGGCUGAGACCCAGGAGAGAGAAGAUAGCGACUAACACACACACUCACACAUACAGUCAUGUAUUCAUACACACACACACAAACAGUAAUGCAGGGUGACAUGCAUGCCUGAUACAUAUCCAUAAUUACCCUUAUGUUUAUGUGAUUCUAUAUGUUAGUAUGUGUCUAUGCACAUGCAGUUGCAUAUGCAGGCUUACUAACAGGCACAUGUGUGUAAGCAUUCAUGCACACAGAUAAACUCAUACUUGACCAAAUCCAUCUCAUACUCACAUACAUAAUGUAUAAACACAUUAGAUGCACUCAGAUACACACCCACCCACUCACAAGGGGCACUGAAACACAACUUAUUUUUUACAACUCACAUUCAUUGUAAUCAGAGAAGUGGCUGUUAAUGUAAUUUUUUUUCUUCAUGCCCUUUCAAGGGAUAUCAAAGUUUUCCAAUCGGGAUCUAUGCAGAUUACUGAAAAUAUAUUUUGCCAUAAUAAUUUACUGUUGAAAUGUUAUCCGAGUAACCUGAUAGUGGACAUCCAGCUCUCAUUCAAAAUAUGGAUAAAAAUGGAUUUAAAAAAAAAUACAAUCAAUCUAGUUGGAAACCACCUCAGUGCAACCCCUAAUAGUCCCGUAUACAGCAAGUACAUUACUGUGUACACAUGUGGACACGCCCUAUUCAUUUAUACUACAUUCGUUCACUCAGACAUGUAUAAACACUCAGUGUCUUUGCCCAUGUUUUUUUUUUCUAGCAUUCAUUAUGUGUCUCAGUCACAUUUUGUAAGCACAUGAUUAAUAUGCAGGUGUGCAGAAGGCAGCUGGAACCCCCCCCAACCUGCAACCCUCUUAUACACACAAAGACACAUACAGAUUUUCCACACUUACUGUCUUGUCCUCUAACUGAGAGAUGUAUGAAUGUAUGUAGAGUUUAAAAAUUAAAUACAUAUUCCUACAAAGGUUUUCAAAUUUCA